AUGACCAUAAAUCUUAUUCGCGAUAUCCCUGCCGAGAUUCGGCUAAAAGUCUACCAAGCCUACUUCGAGGACAUGCUCAUAUAUGUCCAUGCAGUUGGAUGCACAAUCACAAACAAUGACAAACACGAGUACGGCAUGAGACGUGAAGAUAAGCAUUCAGUCACGAAUCUUUACCUAACAUGUAGGACAUUCUAUCAAGAGGUACAUGCUCCAUUCUUCAAUACCGCUACGUUUGAGCUCACUAACUGCAUCUGGGAUCCAGGGCAUCGAGCGUUAAGUCAUGAUCAAUCAGCACACGAAACAUUCCUCCGGCGGGUAGUCAGCAAAGGAAAGAGACGGCAAUUCCCAUAUGCCAACAGUGGAUUGCAUAGCCUCUCGGUGUGGUCGACGUUCGACUCUCUACCGCAACUAGAGCAUUGCGAGGUUCUGAAGGCCAUACUGGCAGGUCUCGUCAUGCACAUGCUUAUACAUUGCAUUGGAAAAGUCAAGCUGUGCACUGGCAAACAGAAGAACCUGGAUGUAGCCAAGAAUAACAUCGCCGAUCGACCGAAGAAGUUCAAACAUCUGCAAGACAAAGAAGUCGAGAUCGAGUAUGUGGUCGGAGAUACAACGGGAACCUCCAAAGUCUAUGACCACCCGUACCAACGGAGGGAUGAUGAUGAUGAUUGUUACGAAGCUGAGAACGGUGAUUUCGGUACAGUGACUCGGGACGACUGA